UAAUUAAAAGCAGGCGGGCAUAAAUGUUAUAUUAUUUUUACAAGUAUUUGAAGGGAACAAACAAUUAGUUAUGGAUUCGAACAUAAGUUUUUAUGAUGUCGAAGAUCGAGUCGACAAUUUUAUCAUUCGCAAAAACCCACCCAACGCUAAUUUCCAUAAAACCGAUUCUGCCAAAUCGGGUCCUAAAAUUCACGAAGAUAUACCCCUGACCUUGGCGCACAUUAUACGGGCAACCCAGGAUCCCGAAACGCCAGAUGUUUUUAUAACUCAUAACAAAGAGAACGCCUCCGAUCCCAUUUAUUUUCGCACCUGCAUUGUGUACGCGUUUGUCGCCGGAUACGGAACGCAUAACACGGCCUUUAACAAAUACCAUAUUGAUGAUAGCACCGGGUUUCUGGAGGCGAGUAUAAGCAAGGGUCAGGCGAAAAAGCAAACUAUUGCUGGCCUCCACGCAGAAGCCACUUCACUGGCCUCCUCCGAAACCUUCAAGCCCAUAGCCGAGAGCUUGAUCCGCCUUCUGGGGGCUGCCACGGAGUACAUAGAUCCCGGAGCGAUACAGAGGGGCCACAACUUGUUUCUGCGCGGAAGACCGAAUAACUUCAGGGGAAAUAUCGGUCUGGAUGCCUAUUCAUUUUUCAUAGACAGCGGCUCAUCCCGAAAACUAGAAAUAGGCUUUGCCAAUCACUUGUUAAGCUGGCAUCACAAUUACAAGGGUACAACGCACGUUACAACACACAAAUAAACGUUUUUUGUAUUGAAAUUUUACUGGUAAUAAAAAAUCAAGCAUUUUGUUAAAUAAGGAGAA